AUGUUUGAUGCUGUGAUGAGCUGGUUCCGCCCCUCCGGCCAGGAGGAGGUUCAGGAGGUGACUUGGGAUCCCGUCACUCUCACCAUGAACCAACCUCAGAGCCCGGCCGCCCCCACCAUGGAUGAGAUCGUCACCGAUCAGCCUUCCCUUGGCGAAGGAAUGGAACUGCGCUUGCGUGGUGGUGACGGACCAGAGGAUGCUUGCUGCUUCUGCUGCCACUGCUGCAGCUGCUGCGAAAAGUGCAUCGGCACCGACUAA